AUGCCCCCAGACUCAAAGACAAAGAUACGUCCGCAGCAGUCGUGCCUCAGAUGUCGCGAGCGCAAAGUGAAGUGCGACCGCUCUAUCCCAUGUCACGCCUGCAUAAUCCGCGGUCUCGAAGCAGAAUGCACCUACCUAACAACGGCCGAAGAUCGCGCCCACAUCAGUCAAUCCGAGAUAAUCAACCAACUACGCCGCGAAGUCGCACAAUUGCGGGGGCGCCUAAACCAGGGUAUACGAGAGCCAAACUAUAGCGAGAGUCAGAGUCAAAGCCAGCGCCAGCGCCCGCGGCAACGCCCGCGCCCGGACCAAACGAGCGGGCCUUUCCCGGGGAACGGCCAGAGUUGGACACAACACACACCUACGAACACGGGAUAUAGCUACGGCAGUGGCCAUGGCAAUGGCUCUGGGUAUGCGACUGGCGCUGGCGCUGGUUCUGCCUCGGCUAGAGGUACCCCGGAUACUGGUGAAGGCAGCUGGCGCGGGUCGUCGCCAUCCUCGUCGAUCACGACCAUGACAAACUCUGUGACUGUUACGAGUCCUGAUAGUACGGGGAGUGAGAAUGGGACUGGGUCAAUAUCUACUUCGUCGCGGUCGGCUUCGGCUUCGGCUUAUCCUAUCGCGACGGGGUAUGCGCCGCAAGUUGCGGAGCUGGAUGGGUCGACUACAGUUGAAUCGCUUGCUUUUGGAAAUACUCCGGAAGACGCGACAAUGUCUGGAUAUUAUACCGGGGGCAUGACCUUCGCUCCUGGGGACAUUUCUGGAACAAUUCCAGUACCGAUGCAGGGUUUCCCAGUGCACGGGUUACACGCGCAGAAUGCGAUGUUAGGGAUGCACCACCCACCGCUAUACGGAACCAAUAGUGAUGAUUAUAUGCUUGACGGAGGCAAAACACUACAACACACUGGCUACCCUGCACCAAUACCAACAUCAACAGUAACACAUUACGGGGAGGAAUAUUCAAUACCAAAUGAAGAUGACAGGCCUCAUGCAUAUCAUCAGUGGGGGCAAAAUGCCUAUGGGAAUCCGAAUCCUAGUCCGAACCAAUUUCCGCACACGCACACAUACCAAAACCCGUCUCAUUAUUCAACUAUCAAUCCCUUUGCCAAUACUGCCCCCACCACCAACACAAACAUCAACAUCUAUACAGAUGCACCCUUCUCCAUACCCACCCCGAUACCCGUGGCAAGCGAUACCUCAAGUACUUCAAGUCAUGCCAGCCCCAUUUCCCAGGACCGUCCUUCACCGAAUACCAUCAUGAACUCAAUGCCAAGCUCCUGGAGGGUUGAGGGAAAACAGGAACUGCUGGAGAUCCUGCUAGAAACAAUUGCCAGUUGUGACGAGCAAAGUCUACCUCAGGUGAUUCAGGUCAUGCGGAUGAGUCCUUCACCCGAAGAGGCUGUUUCAGGGGUUUGUCGGGUUCUCGGGAUUGGGAAUGGGCGGUGA